CGAGACUGUAUAUUUAACCAGCGACCCGUCGGGUUUUUCAUCUUUUUACCCUCGUAGUCGUUUUCCCCCGAAGAUGAUUGCCACCGCUGUCACCCCAUCCACAGCUGUUUUCUACUCAUUUUACUUUCCUAGCAUAAUUCCGCAUCGACAGGGUAAAACAAAAAUGCGAUUUUCCACAAAAAUGAUCGAUGUCUUCUCGUAACCGGCGGCUGGCGACGCUGCUGCAGCGGUUCGGCGUAGAGAGCACGGUGCAUAAUUCCGGUGCGAACAAGGAGGAGAAGCAGAAGGCGCUUCGGCAGGCCUACUUCAAACUUGCGAAGUCGGCGCACCCGGACGCGGCCCCGGAGUCCCUACGAGAGCAGGCGGAGCGAAACUUCGUGUCGUUGAACCGCCAAUACGAGGAGGCGAGGACGCUGUUGGAGCAGGAAGACACCUAUUUUGCGCAACAGAGGAAUUAUUACGAGCAUGCUCCACCCCACGAGGAUGGCAGUACAACUGCAAGUGGAGGACCACGCGGCGGCCCCGGUUACAACCCCUUCCAGCGCACUGGCAGUACGCGCACGGUGGGGAACAAUCCCUUUGAAGACAUGUGGGCCGAGACGGAGCAGACGAAAAGGUCGGAGAAGGACUUUCAGGCCGGAACCACCGCUGGCGUGCACACGCGCUACACGUUUUACCGCAACCAGGACGCCAACAACAAACACCAUUUCCACUGGACGGAGCGCGACCCGCAGGAUUUGCUGCAGCAGAGCGACGCGUUUUCUUUCUUCGAUAAGGCGAAAGCGGUGACGCUGGUCACGGGGGUGCUGUUUGGCUUCUACGUCGGGAGCCGGUUCACCGCGUCCGGAAAAACCUCAUGGUUCGAUCCCGCGAACGCCUCGGAGAAACCGAUCGGGUUGACCAAGCCCGACUACAAAAUCGGGGUUUGGGUGGACGUAUCAAAUGCAAAAAUGCCUGGGUCUGGAAGAAUGCGCGACUUGUCAUGCAGCUUUUCCAUGACCCAUGAGGUCUAGAAUGCAGGACCUAGCAUGACAGAUUCUGUGCGAUCUCUCUCAUGCCUAUUCUGCAUGAGAAACUCCCUCCCGACUUGGUCAAAACUGGACGACUUUUGGUAAUCAUGCAACACAGAUUUUUGCAUGCGUCAGAUUUAGCAUGACAAGUUGCAUUCUUCCAGACCCAGACAUUUUUACAUUUGAUAGGACGCCGACACGGGCGAGAGCGUGGACGCGCGCGCGUUGCGUCGUGAAUGGCUCGAGCAGUCCUGGUGGAAAAGCCUGCCUUUUGAUCAUGUCCUGUCUGGCGGCGCGCCGGUGGGAAGAAUAAAAGCUUUCCAUCCGAACGCGUUUGCGCCGAACUAUUAUUCCGCAGGUGUUGAUGUCGAUGAAGAUACACGAAAUAAUUUUGGAGUGGACGAUGCUCGUGGACCGGCGACAGAGGAUCAACUACACUCCGACGCAGUAGACAGCACCGUGAGUGUGUAUCUAAAGCCGACCCUGCUGCGACUCGUCGACUUCGCGAUGGUAUGGAUUGCAAAAAUGUCUGGGUCUGGAAGAGUUGGAACUUGUCAUGCUGUUUUUGGACUCCAAAAAAAAUUUUAUUGCAUGGCCAGCAAUAAGGGUGCACUUUGGGCCACACGGAUAGGGCAUUUCUCAUGCGGAAUGUGCAUCAGGAAGCCCUCCAGAAGUCUGCGAUGCUAGGUCAUGCAUUACAGGCGUCAUGGGUCAUGAGAAAGAUGCAUGACAAGUCUUGCAUUCUUCCAGACCCAGACACUUUUGCAUUUGAUAGAUGGACUUCGGGACCCCGAUGCGCGACGUGUACGAUCGACGGGACUACUUUCGCGGGAGUCACAUGUUUCGUCGGACCAGGUUAUGCAUUGCAAAAAUGUCUGGGUCUGCCUCUGCAAGAAUGCAAGAUUUGUGAUGCAGGUUUUCCAUGUCCCAUGAGGUCUGGAAUGCGAGACCCAGCAUGACAGAUUCUUUGAGGUCUCUAGCAUGCCUUUCCUGCAUGAGAAACUCCCUCUCAACUUGGUCAAAAGGGGACAGCUUUUGGCACUCAUGCAACACAGAUUUUUGCAUUAUUCGGAAUUAGCAUGACAAGUUGCAAUCUUCCAGAUGCAGACAUUUUUGCAAUCCAUACAGGUCCGAGCCGAUUGUGGUGUUGGAGGAGGAGCAGGAGUUUGUCGUGUGUCUGCAGGAGAACGCAAUUGAAGUAGCAGAGAACAAGAACAACACUAUUUCUGGUGGCACUUCGUCAACAACAUCCAUCAGUUCCGCUCUGAAGGUUGCGGCAACUACUGCGUGUCCAACAAAGGAGGAAAUCUCGCGAGAUUCGACGACAGUAGAAGUGGACCCAGCAUCCUCCUGGAAUCAACCAGGCAACGAGGAUUGUGCCAACGAUAGUGGCGUGAUGUUGCUGGACAUGACAUCUACAACUUCCAGUGUUGACCCAUUGGAAGUAUCAUCUACAACGACUGCGGAUGAUACAGCGGAAUCUGUAGCAGGAGCUCCGGAAACAUCUUUGCAGUUGCAGCGGCAGAGCGUGGCAAAAAAGAUGUCGACGGCCAACCCCGUCGUUGUGUCCUGCGUUGCCAACAAUCUCGACUCGUCAUCUCCCGUUUUACUGCUGUGGCGGCAGGAAGUUGUAAACAGAGACGACCUAGUCCUAGACGUUCCUGCAACCGAACCUGUGCGCAGCGGAGUUCAGCGAGCAACUGGUCAAGCACGGAAACUUGCAGAAAAUAGAACAAGUCCUGAACAACAAACUGUAUCGACAGGCAGUAGCACGAAGAAGCCGCUUUUGCGGGGUCGUUCUGGUGGUAAUUUGCGGAGGAAAAGGAGCGUCACGGAUCCGCUGGCUCGAACCCGUUCUGGGUCCUUGGGAAUGGUCCCUGCCGAUCUUGCGGCGAAUGACGUUUCGUUGGGCACACCGUCGCAAACUACACAUGCUGCAUACCCUUCGGAGACAGCGGGUGUUGAGACGCGGCCGAGGCAGCAUCAGUCGUCAGAUGAUAAUCUUCUCUCUGCUCACCAAGACCCGCGCGCGUCCGUCUGGAUCAUGACGCCGCCCUGGUAUCGUGAUUCGGUGCCGCAGGAAGCGUUAGCCACUGACCGAGAAGCGCAGGAAGCGGUCGUUACGCGCGGGCUCGUGGAGCUCUAUGAUCCAGUCAUGAGGAAAAAGAUCGGCUGGAACGAGGGAGAAGCAAUUUCGAAUGGAGACGGUGGAACAAGCAAUUCUAUUUCGAGUAGCACUUCUUCCUCUACGAGAACCUCCGUGAGGACAGGACUUCUAAGCGGCCAAGGGCAGCAGGAUGAUUUUCUGCAAAACGCAAACAACCACAGCCAGCAUUUCGACAAAAGUUCCGCGGCGAACCCCGCGCUAAUCGACAGCACACGGUACGGCGACAUUUCCGGCUUGCACCGAACGCGGUCCUAUCUCCAGCAUAAUCUACUACCAUUACGUGAAGAAGGGCAAGGGAGUCUAGUUUCUGGGUCUUCAUCAUAUGCGCGAGGAGCUGGCGAGCAACAGGGCAUACUUCAACACCACACGACCGCGGAAGAUGGACACUAUGACAAAUCCGCACCAGCAGCACACAUAGCUGCGGGAGAAGGGUCUUUCGCUGUUGUAGAGCGAUCGACCGGCCAGACGGUCGUGCCAGCAGAUGAAAUUCCAUCCAGCCACGGCCUCGCGAGAACAACCGCGAACCACCCACGACCGUUGGACCCACGUACGCUGACGCGGAGCUCACGGCAGGAGCAGCGGCUUAUGCUCAAGGAGAAGAAUCUGAAGCGGGAACAAGAGCGACUUGCGUCUCAGAUCGAGAAGACCAACGCGCGAGCGGCCGAGAAAAUGUCAAGCAGUAUCAGGGGAGAGAAAGAAGAACCAAAUUCAUACUUGAUCAUCGAUAAUGUUUUCAAACGAAUCAUCGGUCUCAGCUAGCGAUAAGGAAAGAGGAAGUGAAAUAGAAUCACUUUGUAGCGCUGGUGCAACUACAGACGACAAGUCUUUGCGAACAUGUUACAAAUGAUCCACCAACUCCUGCUUAUUGCACUAUGUAACCCGUGGUCCUCGGUGCGUGGGGAUGGCAAAUCAAUGAAACGACAAGACGCAGUCUGCUGAUUGUAAAUGCUUGCUCGAACGCCAACGCAAAUGAAAACAGAUACAAAAUCUGGUCAGGGACAAAAAUGAAUAAGAAUCGCGAUCAAUGCAAAUAAAAUCAAAAAACCUGAUCUGGUC